GUCUGUGCGGUGACGAUGACGUUGCUCGCAUCGCCGGGAAUAGUGUGUGGUCCCUGAGGGAAUAGAAAUCGCGUUGCGACCAGACCGACUUGUUACCGGCAAAUUGUUGGAGGGACCUUCAUCCCUCCAUGAGACCACCUUAUCCAGUCCUGCUCGGCUGCCCCGGUGUUGCUUUGUCGCUGAUUCCUUUGGUCCUCGGCUGGCAGGGGUACCCAGGCACCUAAAGUUUCAGAGGCGGUUAUGAGACUUCGAUGAUUAGCGGCUGGUGUGAUACAAGCAUUCGCAGCAGCGUCAAGAGAAGCGUCAUGGGUUACCGACUACAGCUCCUUCUGUGCGCCCUCCUGCACCAACACUUGGUCCACGGCAUCGAUAUAUCACAAUGCACCGGCCCUCUGGGAAUGGCGUCCGGAGCGAUUCCUGAUGCUGACAUCACCGCCAGUUCCAGCUUCGAUGAGGACAACGUAGGCCCUCAUCAAGGACGGUUGAGCCAGGAGAGCUUCGGGGGCGCCUGGUGCCCCAAGUCACAAAUCACGACCGAGUCGUCCGAGUGGAUUGAGAUAGAUCUUCACAAGGUGCACGUGAUAACAGGGAGCGCGACUCAGGGUCGCUUCGGCAACGGCCAAGGCGCCGAGUACGCCGAGUCCUACCUCCUCGAGUACUGGAGGCCGGCCCUCAGCAAAUGGGUCCGAUACAGGAACGUUCUCGGAGAAGAGGUCAUCGAGGGCAACAGGAACACCUAUCUCGAGUCCAAGUACAGCCUGGAGCCGCCGAUCUGGGCGAGCCGAGUCCGUUUCCUGCCUUACAGCGUCCACAAGCGGACGAUCUGCAUGCGGGUGGAGCUGUACGGAUGCUCGUGGAACGACGGCAUAAUAUCGUACUCGAUGCCCCAGGGUGACAAGCGGGGCAAUUGGCAGUUCUUCGACGCGGCUUACGACGGCCACUGGAACGACGAGCUCGUCCGGGGCCUCGGACUGCUGACGGACGGCAAGACGGGGCCCGACAAUUUCAAGCUCAGCUAUUACGACUCGAGCAAGGAGCAGGGCUGGGUCGGCUGGAGGAACGACACGAGGGAGAGACAGCCCCUGGAGAUCAAGUUCGAGUUCGAUCACGUGAGGGAGUUCUCGGCCGUUCACAUUUACUGCAACAAUCAAUUUACCAAGGAUGUACAGGUCUUCUCCGAGGUGAACAUACUGUUCAGCAUCGGGGGCAAGUACUACACUGGCGAUCCCAUCGUCUACGACACUCCCGAAGACAAAAUCUUCGAGGUAUCGCGCAACAUCACGAUAAAGCUGCACCAUCGCAUCGGGAAGUUCGUGAAGCUGCGCUUCGGCUUUGCCGCUCGAUGGAUCAUGAUUAGCGAGAUAACCUUCGAGUCCGAUGUAGCUCACGGCAACUUCACACCGGAGACGCCGCCAUCGACGGAGGCGCCGCGUCCGCGCGACCGUGGCUCCUCGCGCGAGACGCCACGGCACGAGGCCGAGGUCCCGGUUUCGACCGCCAAGCAGGACGACCCGACCUACAUGGCCGUGAUAAUCGGCGUGCUGACGGCGGUGAUUCUCCUCCUCGCUGUCGCCAUCUUUCUAAUCGUCUCGAGGCACCGGCAGCGCAAAAACUUUGCCAGCCCCCUCGGCACCAAGUCAGCUAUACCGGCCGGAGCCCACCAGCACCUCGCCAACGAGUCCGCCUACGGCACAGCCGAGAAGGAUCCCUCGCUCAUGACCUACCGGGUCGACGACAUGGACGACAGGUACGCCGGCGCCAAACUCACGACCCUGCCCCGGGAGCUGAACGACCGGCUCCUCGGCGACGUGAGGCUCGACGAUUACCAGGAGCCUUUCCACGAGUCAGCCAGCGCCAAAUACAGGGAGUCCGUGCACGCUGCUUAUUACGGAUACAGCACCGUCGUUAUCGACAACAAGGAUCUUCAUGACAACGUCGAACAAUCCGAUGCAACUUACGAUUACGCGGUACCGAUGCCAGUACCUAGUGCGAGCAGCGAUCAGGACAGCAUAUUUUCCAAGUCGUCCAGGGGCAGCGCCAAGGCUUGCUUGCAGAGCUUCUUCCCGCCACCGCCGCCCCCAAUGAGCGCACCGCCCUCGCGGGUGGGCAGCAACAAUCUCACGUACUCGAGUCCUCCGAGUCCGGAGCUGAUGUGCGAGCGCAGUGGUCGACUCGGCAGCAAACGUCGCGAUCAUUCGCUCCAUCGAUACGCAUGAGACGAGCUUCAGCAGCAGCCUC